UAUAUAAGAUCGAAGAAUAAACAAAACAACCACUCAUUCGUUUGUGUGAACUCGGUAAAAUCAGUAAUCAAGACUAUGUCAAGCGUAUUUGAAUUAUUGACAAUUAACAAUCCAGUCUUCAAAUCCUAUGGAUUCUGGUCAGCUGUUCUAGUCCUCAAAGUCCUCGCAAUGGCUCUUGUAACAUCGAGCACAAAGCGCAGGAAGAGUUUUGUGAUUAAUCCAGAAGACGCAAUGUUUGCAAAAGGAAAGGAAAUCAAGCCAGAUGCUAGAGAUACAGAUGUUGAGAGAGUUCAAAGAGCGCAUCAAAAUGAUUUGGAGAAUUGUAUACCAUUUUUGAUAAUUUCGUUCAUGUACAUGUUAACAAAUCCUUCAGCCGUUAUUGCCACAAACGUCAUUCGUACUGCCGUACUUUCAAGAUUUGCAUACAGCUAUUCAUACAUCAAUGCUUUACAGCCAUUCAGAUCAAUAAGUUUUGGAAUCUGCUUUGCAUCAAUGAUUUAUAUGUGCAUUAAUAAUAUCAUGUACUUUUUUUAAGAUAAUUUUCAGGUGUUCUUGAUUGAUCAGGCUGUUGAAUAAUUUUGUUCCUAAUAAAUAUAAAUUUUUUUAAAUAAUUGAA